AUGUCAUACUAUCAGCAGCCUAAUCAACAGGCUUUUCAACAGCUGUAUCAACAACCUCUAUACCAGUCAGGCCCCCCACCUCCCAACAUGCCAAACUAUCCACAGAACUUCCACGCCCCGCCUCCCGGUUACCAGCAGCAAGGCUACCAGCAAGCUCCCAACAUUGCUUCAGGACCGCCAGGCUAUCACCCUCGCGUGGGCUUCACUAGAUUGCCUUCAAGGUUUCAAAUUUGGAACGUCAUGACAAGUGGGGGCACCAGCGUCCUUGAGCUCGGCCCUCAAUUUAAAGGGCCAGUUGCCUAUUCAGCCAAGAUGUUCUCCAGCAGUAGGCUUAAGAUCAAAGAAGGCCCAUAUGAAUCAGAAAAGCAGCCUAUAUGCACUAUUGAAAGCCGCCACACUUUCAGUCAGCAGAGUACUAUUAGCUUCAAUGGAUUUGAGUCCAAGUUCAGAGAGACGAGCAUGUUCAUGGAGGGUGCCUCUUGGCCUUUCGAAGUCGAUGUGAAUGGGCAGGUUCAGACAUGGCAGUGGAGGAAAAGACAGGUUGACAGUUCAUCCACCAUUAAGAGGUUCAUUGGGUCAAUGUCUCAAAGCAAACUUGGAAGUUGGGAGUUGGUUCCAGCAUCAGGACAAGGCGCACCGGCGGCUAGUCUUGAAACAGCCGGUGGAAAUACUUUCGAGAAGGAUUCUGCACUUGGAGAGUUUAUUUUCUAUGGUCCUGCUUCCGUUGGCCAAAUGGGCGACAUCUUCAUGAAUGUCAGCAUUGCAGUUCUGCUCCGCAUCAUAUCGCAGCACUAUAUCAGCAGGAUCGCGGCUUUGGCAUCUUGA